AGAUGGAAAGCAUUAAUUGGUGUGAUUAUCAUAAGUUGCAGAAAGAGCUGUUCAAUUUUGACUUAAAAUUUGAUGGUGACGCCCUUCAUGACCAAUGCCAAUUAUCGUUGCCAAGAAUUCGACCCCAACCUUAAACACCUACCUAAAAAGUCGACUUUGGGCUCUUGGAAGAUGCGGUCACUGUUACUUUCGUUGCACCUUGUAUUUACAAUAAACCACAAUGGUAUGUACAUGAAAAAUAAAUAAUUAGAGUUGUGUCUCCCGGAAUAUAACAAACCACCGCCCUUCGCCCCUUCGGGGGCAUCAAAUAUUAAUCCGGCGAAGCGCAGACUAAUGACUAAAAAAACGACCCCUAUCAAUUUCGUAUAAGGGGACCCGCCGGCCCUUCGGACCAAUCGGAUCGAUCGACCCUUAACCGGUGACCAAUGGGAGGCCUCGCCCUCGGUUUGUGCACCGCUGAUCGGCGCCCUUUUAACCCUCCGAUGUUCCCGGGGGCGUGUUCUAUCUACACGGGGGGGCGCGUUUCGACCAACAUUUUAAUGAGCCGACUCGAUUUUGAUUUGUGACUUUGUGGUGUGUGGAUGUAGGAGUUUGAGUUACGGGAAAAAGAUGGAAGAAUCAGUUUCGUGCCAUAAGAUCGAAAGCCUGUGUAAGGUUUGCGGAGAUAAGGCUUCGGGGAAACACUAUGGUGUUGCCAGUUGUGAUGGCUGCAGGGGAUUUUUCAAGAGGAGCAUUAGAAGGAAUCUGGAGUAUGUUUGUAAAGAAAGCGGCAGAUGUAUCGUGGAUGUAACGAGAAGAAACCAGUGCCAAGCUUGCCGGUUCAAGAAAUGUUUGCAAGUGAACAUGAAGCGAGAUGCAGUACAGCACGAGCGCGCCCCCCGGACCACCCACCCUUCCAUCCACCACUACCCCAUAGGGUUCACUCCCAGGUUUCGAACCCUUCAGCAAUCCUCAGUCUUUUCCAGUUUACCCUUACAUUUCCCUAGCGCCUCCUUACUGGACCACACUAGCGUUUCCUCACCACUUACCCAUGGUAGUUACAACAUGCAUCACGGAUUGAUUUAUCCAAACAAUCUGUUGGGAGGACAGUUUCAGAAACCGGCGGCUGGUUUGGCUUGUUCUGUGUUGAAUCCUGUAUCAUACCUGGAAAAGCCACAACAAUACCUAAAAGUUGACCUGUCAAACUCGGUACGAGAAUCAUUAAAAGACGACGAGGUGUCUAGCUCGGAGGAGAUCAAUAAAGAGAAGAGCAACAAAGAAGAAAACCCAAAUAUAAGACUGGAAUUACCGAUAUUAAACGACACGGCAAUAACGAAGCCCCCCAAUUUGAUUCCCCUGGACAUAUCAUCCUUGUCGGUGUUUGCCGAAAACGUUUACGAAUCGGCGGCAAAACUCCUGUUUCUGGCUAUAAAAUGGGCCAAAACUAUCCCAUCGUUCCUACAGUUAUCGCAAAGAGACCAGUCCAUUUUGCUAGAAGAAAGCUGGAACGAACUGUUUAUUCUUACAGCGGCCCAAUGGUCUUUACCCAUAGACGAAGUUGUUCUAGCGCAUAACGCAAACGCUUCCACCACAAGACAAACGGUUUUAGAAGAGGACGCGCGCAAACUAAGAGAUAUCAUUUCAAAAUUAAACUUACUAAGGGUGGAUCAUACGGAGCAUGCUUGUUUGAAGGCUCUGGUGCUAUUUAAAUCAGAUUGCCGAGGUUUGUGCGAGCCCACCCAUGUGGAACUCUUGCAGGAUCAAACGCACGUGAUGCUCCACGAAUACUGUAAUCAGCGGCAAAGUCACGCUAAAGCGCGUUUCGGCAAAUUACUGCUGACGUUGCCCUCCAUCCAGAGUUUACCCAAGAAAAGUCUGGAAGAGUUGCUGUUUAAACAGACUGUCGGUGACGUGGCCGUCGACAAGUUAUUGGGGGACGUCGCGAAAGCCACUUAUCUCAAUAAUAGUUAAGUGCUGAUGUGUAUUAUUUAUCCUGCUGUAUGCAGGUUCUCUCUCUUUAACAACUUUCCUUAUACAGGAGUAUUAAUAAUUGUUUUGUGCCAACUGUGAUGGUCGUGUUGUUUGAAUAAGAAAUGUGUUCCUGCUAAUAGUCUAGUCAUAUGUAUACGUUUUGUUCUUACUAUUAUUUUGUUUAUUUUUUAAUAAAA